GUGCACCGUAGACAGCCAGUCACGUGCUCCGUUCCUUGAUUGGUGAGCUGUGCGGACUGCUGAUUCGCUGUUGACGCCAUCUUGUGACUGGCAGCUGUCGUUGCUUUCCUAUUGGCUGCUGAGCUCUCUCGCUACUUCCAUUCUGGCUGUCUGCUCCGGUUCACAGGAUGUUGGUCUUGGUGUUAGGAGAUCUGCACAUCCCUCAUCGCUGUAACAGCUUACCAGCUAAAUUCAAAAAGUUACUUGUCCCUGGUAAGAUACAACACAUUUUGUGCACCGGGAAUCUCUGCACCAAGGAGAGCUAUGACUACCUCAAGACGUUGGCUGGGGACGUUCAUAUCGUCAGAGGAGACUUUGAUGAGAAUUUAAACUAUCCAGAACAGAAGGUUGUGACUGUUGGCCAGUUUAAGAUCGGGUUAAUCCAUGGUCACCAAGUGAUUCCUUGGGGUGACAUGGCCAGCCUAGCAUUGUUACAGAGGCAGCUUGAUGUAGAUAUUAUGAUUUCAGGACAUACACAAAAAUUUGAAGCAUUUGAACAUGAAAACAAGUUUUAUAUAAACCCAGGGUCUGCUACAGGAGCCUACAAUGCUUUAGAAAACAACAUCAUUCCUUCCUUUGUUCUCAUGGAUAUCCAAGCUUCUACAGUCGUCACCUAUGUUUACCAGCUGAUUGGGGAUGAUGUCAAAGUAGAAAGAAUUGAGUACAAGAAGUCCUGAAACAAAUCCUUUGAAUUUUCCAUUGCCUUCAACCUUUAUAUCCAUUUUAUUAUUUAAUCAAUGAACAACACAAGGCAGUUUAUGUAGGCUUUGUACCUCUGUUUGCUAUGUAAAGUUAUUUUCCACUUACUGCUGCUUUGUAUGAUGUAAACUAGUGAUAAUUUUAGUUUACAUGUGUCAUAAACAAGUGUGCCACAUUAAAUUAAUACCCCUAUAUAAAUAACCUUGUAAAUAUAACAUUCAAUGUUAACAUUCACUGAUCGUACAAAAUAACAUUACAGAUUAAAACGACAUGUGCUUUAAUUUCCUAGAUGUUCUUUCAUGUCUUUGUCUUCUGUUUUACCUUUACUUAUGAAUAAACCCUUAAAUUACCAAGAUAGAUGUAAAUUAAAAAUGAAAUAAAAAAAAAUUCUGGGCUCAGGGCAUUUCACUUAUCCCAGCAGUACACGCACGCACGCACGCACGCACACGCACUUGGAUCAGCUUAAAAAUCUUCCUUUAUUAAAAAAUUACAUGAGAUGAGUGAGUGAUUGGAAAUUGAUUUAUUUGGAUGCCAUUACAGAUUUGUAAAUGCCAGAAAAAUAAUUUAUAACCCUAUGACCCCCCCCCCUUACAACUAUCUCCGACCCCUUUCAGGCUCACUAACGCUAAUACCAUUUCAGGAUUUGUUAGAUGUACCUUGUGUGGCCAGGGAUGUUGGACAGCGCAGGAAACAUAUUAAUUUAGCAAAUAGUUCUAUGUGGGGUCAAGUUGCAUAUGCAUAAAUGAGUGCUUUGAGUUGUAAGUUUGUGACAGGUUACAUAGCACUUGUCUAUGGCUGGCAGACUAGUAUGAGGAGUCUGUAGCAUGUGUAUUGGCGCAGUUCUUGCACAUACUUUGACUUUAUAAAAAUAAUGGAGAAAAUAAUUAAAAGAUGUGUUAAUAACUUAAAAAAAACUAACAAAACAUUUACCCCUUAAGGACACAGACAAAUUUUUCAAAUCUGACCUGUCGAUUUAUGCAAUAAUAACU